UUCGGUUGUCCUUUGUAGAAUGAAGACCAUUCUCAGCAACCAGACUGUUGACAUCCCCGAGCAAGUCACCGUUUCACUGAAGGGCCGGACGGUCAUUGUAAAGGGCCCCAGAGGAACCUUGCGAAGGGAUUUUAACCACAUCAAUGUGGAGCUGUCCCUCCUGGGAAAGAAACGCAAGAAGCUACGUGUUGACAAGUGGUGGGGUAACAGAAAGGAGCUGGCAACAGUUCGCACAAUUUGCAGCCAUGUACAGAACAUGAUAAAGGGUGUUACACUGGGCUUUCGUUACAAGAUGAGGUCAGUGUACGCUCACUUCCCAAUCAACGUGGUUAUACAGGAUAAUGGCUCGCUUGUGGAAAUCCGAAACUUCUUGGGAGAGAAGUACAUUCGCCGAGUGCGUAUGAGGCCAGGUGUUUCCUGUGCAGUAUCUCAAGCCCAGAAAGAUGAGCUGAUCCUUGAAGGGAAUGACAUCGAAUUGGUUUCCAAUUCAGCUGCCUUGAUCCAGCAAGCCACUACGGUCAAGAACAAGGAUAUCAGGAAAUUCUUGGAUGGUAUCUAUGUCUCUGAGAAAGGAACAGUACAGCAGGCAGAUGAGUAAAGCUCUUUAACAGUUGUCUGGAUCCUGAAA